GUAUAAAUAAUCAAAAUAAAUUAGUUUUAUAUUAAUCAAUAUAUUAGAAAAAAGUAACUUACUUUUACUUACCCCUAAUAAAAUUCCCAACCAUUUUCACAAAAACCAUAAUUCUAUGGGUACCAAUAUGCAAAGUCUCAACAACAUAUGUACACAAUGACCAACAAUCAAGAAACCCAAGGCACCCCCAAUGUUUGGUCCGGCGUGCUGCGACAACCCUCCGGGCAUCUCCUCCGGCGAAGAAUCCGGCCAAAUCAAGAAAAUAGCAUCCCUCAACUCUUAUGUUUCCGGCAACCCUGAUUCAAAACUUGCAGUUCUUCUAAUUUCUGAUGCUUAUGGUUAUGAAGCUCCAAAGUUGAGGAAAAUUGCAGAUAAAGUUGCAGCUGCUGGAUAUUAUGUGGUUGUUCCUGAUAUGUUCUUUGGGGAUCCCUUUAUUCCUAAAACUAAUCUUCAUGACUGGGGUGAUAUCCAUCCAGCGAAGCCAGCAGUGGAAUUUGUUAAACCGCUUAUUCACGCUCUCAAAGAAAGGGGUGUAACUAAAAUUGGGGCUGCAGGAUUCUGUUGGGGUGCCAAGGUCGUUGUAGAGCUAGCAAAGGAUGCAGAUAUACAAGCUGCUGCACUCUUGCAUCCUACAUUUGUCACUUUAGAUGAUAUCAAGGAGGUUAAGGUUCCGGUUGCAAUACUAGCGGCUGAAUUUGAUAAAAUAUCUCCUCCGGAAUUAGUUAAACAGUUUGAGGCUGCAUUGCAAGCCAAACCCGAGGUUGAUCACUUUGUGAAGAUAUAUCCUGGUGUAUCACAUGGUUGGACCGUUCGAUAUAGAGAUGAAGACAUAACAUCUUGGAAACGGGCUCAGGAGGCCCAUCAGGAUCUUUUGGAUUGGUUUGGUAAGUGUCUUCAGAAGGCCCAUUCAGCACUGUAAAACCCAAAUCGCCAGACAUCAUUAAAUCUGUAUACAUCAAGGGGAUUAGGUUAAUACAAAACUAAAGUUAUGUUCAUGAUCUUGAGCUUGUUAUAUGAUAAUUUGACUCUUAUAUUAAGUUGGAUCAAGUCUUUAGCUGAUAUAA